UAUUUGCCACUCUCUUUAUUAGGCGCGUGAUUUUGAGACAUUCCUUAUUCUGUCUGUACUUGGAUUAUCAUUGGCUUUUGGAUUCGAAUUUAAAUAGCGAGGGAAUUCAAUUCAAUUAUUGAGAUGAAAAGGCACUCGAAAAGACUGGAUUUUCACCUGUAGAUCGAUCUCAUUUUGGGUUUUGAUCGGAACCCUCUUUAUUGUUUGUUUGAUUGAAAUUAAAGACGAAGGGAAGAGCGAAAGAUGGGAUUAUGGGAAGCUUUUCUCAAUUGGCUUCGAAGUCUCUUCUUCAAGCAAGAAAUGGAGUUGUCUCUGAUAGGACUCCAGAAUGCUGGGAAAACAUCACUUGUAAAUGUUAUUGCAACUGGUGGAUAUAGUGAAGACAUGAUCCCAACGGUAGGAUUUAAUAUGAGGAAGGUAACAAAAGGUAAUGUCACAAUAAAGUUGUGGGAUCUUGGAGGUCAGCCAAGGUUUCGCAGCAUGUGGGAGAGAUACUGCCGUGCAGUUUCAGCAAUUGUAUAUGUUGUGGAUGCUGCUGAUUUUGAUAAUUUAUCUGUCUCAAGAAGUGAACUUCAUGACCUUUUGAGUAAGUCCUCACUGAAUGGUAUUCCCUUGCUGGUUCUGGGAAACAAGAUUGAUAAACAGGGAGCUUUGUCUAAACAAGAUUUUACAGAACAAAUGGGGCUCAAAUCUAUUACAGACAGAGAAGUGUGUUGCUUCAUGAUUUCUUGCAAAAACUCCACCAACAUUGAUACUGUUAUUGAUUGGCUGGUGAAGCAUUCAAAAUCAAAGAACUAAGUAUCGGUGGUCUGUACUUAAUAUAGUAGUCAGUAUACCAAUUUUAUUUUAAAUAGCUGAAUUUCAGCUCUGAUUGAAGUGAACUUGUACGAGAUCUAACAAGGUUCAUUGAUGUCUGGCUCUAAUGGCUGUAUGUUUUGUUUGAGUUGGCAUCCAGGUUUAGAUGAGGACACUCUUGUAUUUCUUAUUGGGUGCAAACUGGUUUUAUUUUUGAGAUGC